CUUUGUUUGGAUGAACUUGUAGACUUGUAGAGUUGAAAUAUAUAAUCAUCCUUGUUUCAUUGUAUAUCUCCAGAAUUCGUAGUGAUCCUACAGUCAGAGCACCAUGAAUAACAGAAAGAAACUACGCAGUACUAGCGGUUCUUGGAGCGUGAAGAAGCUCCGGAUCGUGCUUCUGGCGGGCCCCCGCCGCAGGCUGAAAAGGCCAAAAACAGCCGAAGUGAUGACACAACCUGCGGAGCAACCAACCAAGCAGCGGCAAGUGACAGCGACGGGGGGACUAAAGGGACAUCAACAAACGGAAAAUCGUUCAGAAACGGAUUGGAAACAAGUCGCCCUGGACCUGUUAGAAGGACAGAGGCAACUGGAGGAACCUUCGACACAGACAGUGUCGACCCCAGUGCCUCGUCCCACUUUACCUGACAGAUCCACAGAUUGGGACGAUUUGUUCGAGCGACAACAUCGAUGGGACGUGUACACUGAGAUUACAUCGAAACCCUUUGACCCCCGCUGUAGUCUCCGAAUGGUCGACUUCUUCGUGAAGCAAUUUGAUACCAUGCGGUCACUUAUGUUACCAAUCACAGAAAUGAAGAUGGUGUCCGACUUGAUGGAACUCUUUCCAAGGGCAGUCUGGAUUCCGUGGUGCUUACUUGAUCGGAAGGAGAGAACGCUUCAGAGGGCUCAAAAAUAUUUGCUUGACAUUAAUCCCUGUAUACCUCGAGAUGACGCUGAGAGGUCGUCCUCCAGCACCCAAGUUUCUACACCCGCUGUUUCACCGUUGCCGACGUUCAAUCCGUUCUCCAUUCCUCCACCCAACUUGUUGGGAAACGUCAGUUGGACGUACUAAUCAGGUGAACAUGUUCCUCCAACAUGUCGAAACACUUAAAUUUUCCACCACCCUUCAACAAUAGUUAUUCACCCAUAUUUUGCUAAGUAGAGGAAAGGAACGUUGAAAGCCGUGUCAGUUACAUUAACAAUAUGGUGAACUGGUGGGUGGGUUUGUUUUGUAUUAUUAUGCAGGUAUACAUGCCUGGUCUAAAUUUGAAUUUUGAAUAUUUUGCUCUUAAAAUGGGGGCUUAAAACGAAAUGUAUAUAUGUUAAAACCACCUUACAUUGAUUUUGGCUGUAUUUAACACGUGUCUGUUGCGUUUGCUUGAAAUGUAUUUGAUUUUUUUCUGAUGUCAGGUAUCCAAUCGACAAUGGGAACAUUACGAAUUCAUUGGUUUAAUUAAUAACUUUUAAAAUUCUUCAUUUUCUAAUGAAAGUCGACAAAUUAUACAGUAACGAAAUUUUGCUUCCUUCAAAUUUUAAUUGUUUAUUUUGUUAUUCUAAAUUUGGGGAAUAUAGAAUUCAAAGUUGAUUGGGAUAAGUACACAAAGACGCGGAGCAGAAGAGGGGUGGACGAUUCCGAAUUUAGUUGGUAUUUUUCUUGUGUAUUUAUUUAGCUAAGGACUUCGCGAAUCUGUUUUGUAUUUUAAAUGUUUGUUUAUAGACUUGU